AUGGAGAGCUCCGACUCUGCGGACCCCGACGCUGAGUUCCAGACCCCCACUCACGCUCUGGGUUCCAUGGAGAUGCCAUCAUGGGCCAUCGUGUCCAUUGCCUUCGUGGCCAUCGUGCUGGUGCUGGCCUGCUGCUUCUGCGUCUGCAAGAAGUGGAUCUUCAAGAAGAAGAACAAAAAGAAGGGCAAAGACAAGGGCAAGAACGCCAUCAACAUGAUGGACGUCAACGACGGCGCCAAGACCGAGGAUGAGGAGGACGCCGAGACAGGCCUGACGGACACGGAGAAAGAGCCGGAGCCCAAGGAGGACGAGAAGCUAGGGAAGUUACAGUACUCGCUGGAUUACAAUUUCACCGAGAACACGCUCAUGGUGGGUAUCAUCCAGGCGGCAGAGCUCCCUGCCAUGGACAUGGGAGGCACCUCGGACCCCUACGUCAAGGUGUACCUGCUGCCCGACAAGAAGAAGAAGUUUGAGACCAAGGUCCACCGCAAGACCCUCAACCCCACCUUCAACGAGCAGUUCAUCUUCAAGGUGCCCUACGUGGAGCUGGGCGGCAAGACGCUGGUGAUGACGGUGUACGACUUCGACCGCUUCUCCAAGCACGACGCCAUCGGCGACAUCAAGGUGCCCAUGAACAAGGUGGACUUCAGCCACGUGACGGAGGAGUGGCGGGACAUCCAGAGCGCCGAGAAGGAGGAGGUGCGUCCGUGUAGUGUUUAGGUCCGCGCGGGCAGC